AUGGCCUUCUUCUUCAGCCUCCCGGCCGCCUUCUCGCCACCGGCCGCGCUCGGUGGCGCUCGGUGGUCCGCCGCCGGCCCCACCAUGGCCGCUAGCGCUGCGGUCCCCUCCCAGUCCGCCACGACGCCCACCGCGGCGGUCACGACCGGAGAUGCCUCCUACGAUGCCCCGAGGCGGGGUUUCAGCUUCUCGCCGGAGAGCCAGAUCAGUUCGCCAAUCGCGACGCCCGAGAACAAUCAGCACACCCCAGAGUACAACAGCUACUCGGCGCCGCAGCCCUCAUCCCAGUACAAUGGCUACGCCGACCCAGCGGCACACCGAGGCGGCCCGUACUCGCAGUCGCCCUCUCCGGCCCAGCGCGUCUCGGCCCAGCAGCGCGGCGUGCCGCCGACGCGGGGGGCGUACGAUGCCAACAAUUUCAACGGGCACUCCCAGCAGCGCGCCUCGCCCGGCCGCACCCCGGGUCGGCGGGACCACUCAUACGACCCUCUGCCCGACCUGAUGUACGACGGCCGCAACGACCCGUACGGCUCCUCGUUCAACUACGGCCCCGACCGGUGGUGA